UUUGCACUAACUACGCACCCCGUAUUUACUGUGAGUGUCAUUUAAAAUUCAAACGCGUCGCGGCGGCAAUGCCUCAAUUAUUUUUGUGUGUUAAAAACAAUGUCGAAUAAUAAUAAUAAAAAGCAUAAUUAUGAGCGGAAAGCCAAAUCGUCGCGCUUUACACCGAAAAUAAGAGAAUAUCUGGCGGAGAUAGCGAAUGAGCGCGAAACGGAAUUGGAACGCUUCAUGAUGCUCUCGUCGGCAUCGCCAGCGAGCAGCGGCGUCAGCGUCGGCGCGCCGUGUCCGCAACACGACAUCACCGCCAACAACAACAUCAGCAGCUGCAGAGUGUUGGCGGAGGCGGGGGAAGCAGCUGCCGUACAAAUUGUGAAUAUUCCCAUUGUGAUGGUGAAUAAGCAACAAGAAAAACAACAAGAGAAUGAGGAGGAGGAGGAGGAAGAAGAAGAGGAGCAGCAGCUGCCGCCGCCGCCGCCGCCAUCGAAAGUAAAGUCAAGCUGCUCUGUUUCUGUGGAGGAUUUGCGCACGCCCACAAAGGACACACAUACGCAGACGCACACACAACCACAGAUGCACACACGUAAGACACAAACUCCGGAAUCUGCGCUCAAAUCGCACAAACGCUUGGAAUGGGAUCCCGCUGCCGAUGUGGGCUAUCAUCGCAGCAUGGGCAGCAACAACAGUUGCGAGCGUGCCAUGUCUACUAGUAAUAUUAGUACACUGGAACGCUCGGUGCUGGAGGCGGCAAUGCAGCCACUGCAGGCAACGCAGCGUGCGAAUCAAUCCGAGACGGAUUUGAAGCGUCUGCAACUGGAGAAGGAACGCGUUGAGAAACCGCCACUGGCCUCCAGCACGUUUGUGCAACGUGCACCGCGCUCCACGCCCGUCUCCAACUCCAGGCGUGACAGCUGUGUGACUUCCUCAGCGGCCAGCAGCUUUGACUAUCAGCCCAAUCUCUCCAGGCCAAGCACCGCGGGCACAGGACGCAGCCAGAGUCGGAGUCAGAGUCAGAGUCAAAGUCAGAGCAGUCGCCGAAGCAGCAGCAGCUAUCAACAGCUGCAGCAGGAGCAACAGUCGCAAUCGUUGAACGACGCCGAGUUGAAGCGUCAGGAGCGGGAAUAUGCAGCACAGCUGGAGCAGAAGCUUAGCCAGCGACGGAGACAGCACAACAAGGAGAAUCAAGAGCCCUCCGUCUCAGUCUCCACCUCAGCCUCCUCUGCCUGCAGCUCGUUGCGCAGCAGCUCUGGCUUCAAGAACGAUGUCGAUCUGGGCAUCGAUCUGCUCUGUGCUCUGGUCAACAAGCGCAGCCUGAGCAGUGGCCAAAAGAAGCAACUGGCUCGCGACAUCAUCAAGCGUCUCGUUGGUCUCGAUUUGGUCUGCAGCAGCACCAGCGGCGGAGGCGGGAGUAAAAGCAGCACUCAUGCUCGCAGUCAGAGGAGCAAGGAGCAGGCUCAGCAAACGGAGCAUCACGAAAAUCCGGUUAAAGACAACUCUCAAAGGCAGGACGUGGCCACCAAUACCAGUCGCAGCUUGCAACCAGAGCAGCAGCCGAAGCAGCAGCAGCAACUGGUGUCGCUGCCUGUGCCAGCGCCGAGGACACGCCUUGCCACGCCCACCAGCGAACAGCAAAUGGAGCCGUGCAGUUACGCCUCGACGAGCAGCGCGGCAUCCAACGAGCUGCUCACCCAGAAGAUCAAUGUGCAGCGAGCGAAUCAGGAGCCCGAUGAGCAGGCUGCGGUUCAAGAGUGGCUCAAUCCGAUGACCCAAAGCGAGAUUGAGUACGAACAAAGGCAGCUGCAGCGACAGCAGCGUAACAAUCUAUCGCUGGAGCGACGCACACAAAUCGAUUGGAUUGAAGGCGAAAUACGACGCUUGUAUGCGCUGCAAGAGUUGUUGCAUCGCGGGGGUCGCGGAGGAGGAGGAGGAAGUGAGGAGCAAGUGAAGCAGUCGUCAAGGGAAGCAGAGCAGCAGGAGUUGGAGCAACAAAGUGGAGAGAAAGGAGGCAAGACAACGCUGCCUGUGCCUGCACCGCCAGCGCCGCCUGUGACGCCAGUUUCGAUGCCAACAGCAAACGUGGUUGCAGGCGAAGACAAAGCAACAACCACAGCAGCAGCAGCAGCAACAGCCACAGCAAGAACAUCAACAGCUGAUAAAUUAGUUCGCAUUGAACCAAGAGCUAGAAAACAUUCAGAAACAGUUGAAAAAGUUAUACAAAUUGAAGCAGCUGCUGAUGCUGCACUUGCAGUGCCAGCAACUGUUGGUGCUGUUGCAAUUGAGAACAGAGCCACAACAGUUGCUCGUCAGCAGCAGCGCAGCAAAAUGGCAACACCGCAAUUAAGUCACUCGGGCAGCAGUGAGAGCGUUUGCUCGUUUGUUCAACAGCGACAGCGUCAAUUUUUGGCCCACUAUCAAAAUCAGCAGCAACAGCGUCGCGAACAGCAGCAACAGCAACUCUUUCGGCGCCAUCAGCAACAGCAGCAAUUGUUCUAUGAGCAGCAUCCCUCUCAUGCUGCCUGUCAUUUGCAUCCACCAACACAUUGCCACCGCCACCACCAACAUCAUCCGCCGCACUAUGUGCAAAUGCAAUACGCUCAAGCAACCGCUAGUAAUGAAAGUGGCGCCAUCUAUUAUCAGGUAGUCAACUCUCAGGAAGUCCAAAGAGCCACAGCAGCAACUAAAGCGCCUGCAGCAGUUACUGGUGUUGCAACAGUGGCUGCUGCUGCUGCCACCGUUGAACGCAGCAGCAACACGAGUUCAUCGCUGUUGUGUCUCAGCUCGGAGAUGUCAAUACCGAUGGGUAUGGCAACGGCCUGCGAGGCAACAACGACAACGACGACGACAACAACAACAACACAUCAGUACGACGAUGUGGCAUGCCAGCAGUUGCAGUUGCAACAGCAGUUGCAGCGACAACGUCGCCAUCACACCGUCAAACAACUCGAACUGCAGCAGCAACAACAAUUGUUGCAAGUUCGUCCGCGUGGCAUCGCUUAUGUGCUGCAAUUUAACAGCCAUACGGAUGAUGAUGAUGCAGUGGGGCAAAUACUCACGGAAACGUUGACGGUUCAGGAUUAUUUGCAACGUGCGCGACCGGAGUUCUGUGCCAAGUCGAAGCAGCGCAAGGCGAUACUCAAUGAGAUGCAGUUGCUGCGCAAUGCGCGACGUCGCGAACUCGACGAACUCAUCGAGGGACACAGCGUGGAGACCAUCGACAGACGGCUGCAGCAGCUGCCGCCUCCAGUUACCGCCAAAGUUCGCAUCUUUUCGACGCGGGAGAUGAAGGCGAUGACGAACAAACGCUGCGAGAAUCUGCCCGAGGUGCUGGCCGCACAGCAAAGAGAACGCGAGGAGCGUCGCCGUCGCAGCAAUCGCAUCAUGCGUGACGUCUUCAAUCGGCGCUUGCAGCGUCGAGUGCGCAGUGGAAAAUUGUCGCUGAAUCACAGUCGCACGGUUAUCUAACACUGCCUCAUUUACGUGCCACAGAUACAAUUUAGCUAUAAUUUGUUCUAAUGCUAAUGUAGGCUCAAUCUAAAUGAAUUUGUUUCAACUUUUGAUCUAGUUGUUAAGCAUCUCUAAAUGAAUUUGUUUCGACUAUUUUAUAAGCAUCUCUUUUUUUUUCUUUUUGUACUACCAAUAAAAGAUGUUAAGUCUUAAGUCACGAAAUUAAGAUAAGCAAUUCUUGUAAUUCCCUCAAUUUAAUAGUUUAUCUAU